AUGCAGAAGGAUACUGCAUUUGUUCCAUUUACCGAGGGUGAAUAUGCUGCUAAACGUGGCAUUUCAAUUCAGGGUAUCAGAGACCUCACGGAGGACACGCCGCUGACGAAUCUUAUCCAUCUAAUUGGCCACCAGCUGUUCGGGUGGCCAAUGUAUCUCUUGUUUGCGGUUAGUACAGGAAACAACAGCGCUCCGGGAAAUCUUAGGCAAGGCCAUUUCACUGCCAGCCAUUUUGACCCAUUUAGCGCAUUAUUCACGUCGGCACAGCGGAUAUACGUCGUCUUGUCAGAUGUCGGGCUGGCCUUCAUGGGAUGGGCAUUGCUUCACAUGACUUCGAAGCUGGGAAUAGCAAAGGUCAUGUUGCUCUAUUUCAUGCCGUACCUUUGGGUGAACAGUUGGAUCGUCGGUAUUACUUACUUGCACCAUACGCACCCAUCGGUCCCACAUUACGCAGAUCGCAACUGGACAUAUAUGAAAGGGGCGUUGUGCACUGUCGACCGCAGCCUUGGUUUUAUUGGACGUCAUUUUUUUCAUGAAAUCGUUGAUUAUCACGUUAUCCACCAUCUCUUCCCCAGUAUUCCAUUUUACAGAGCGGAAGAGGCAUCCAUUGCAAUACGACCACUGCUUGGCCUCCGUUACAGGGAAGACAAAAAGGCAAGCUUCCUAUCUUCCCUUUUCCAAACAUUCCGAACCUGCAAGUACGUGUCUGAUGAUGAAGGGAAUGAUGUUUACAACUGGCAGCAGAAAAGCGGGAUGUGA